GGGAGAAAACGAGGGCGUGGCAGUCUGAGUUCAAAGAUGAUUCUAGGCUAGAGACGUGCCUCUACUUUUGUGACAUGGUGUACGAUAUAGCUAGCCUCCGCGGCGUUUGUUGAACUUUGAAUAAAGGAAUUUCCACUAACAAGAUGUCCACCAUGAUGAAAGCACUGCAGUGGGAUGCCAAAAGCGAGAAGCUGUCGAUGGUGGAGGUUCCUGUUCCAACUGUCACCAACCCGUUUGAUGUAGUUGUGAAGGUUGGGUUUGUCGGUGUGUGUGGAAGUGAUCUACUAGUGCUAAGGAAAAUCCACCCGGCUGCAGAAAAGGUCAUUUUAGGCCAUGAGUUUGCAGGGACAGUCCAUGCAGUGGGAACUAUGGUCACCUCACUGCAGGUGGGAGACAGAGUCUGUGUCAACCCCAACGGGAACUGUAACGGAUGCAGGUUCUGUAUCCAUGGACAGCCCCACCUCUGUACCACCGGCAAGAGCGCCAAAAACAUCCGCGACCUGGGGAUAUUCUGGGACGGUGCCAUGGCUGAGUUCUGUAUGGUGCCAGCUGACCAGGUGUUUCGCAUACCAGAUGACCUGUCCCUACAGCAGGCGGUCCUGUGUGAGCCGUACUCCUGUGUGCUACAUGGCUAUGACAGGAUCAGCCCACUUCUGCCAGGGACACGCAUUCUAAUCCUGGGUGCUGGUAUUAUUGGAAUGCUAUUUGCGGCCUUAUUCCAGCAUCGUGGAUUUUCUGAUGUGACGGUGAGUGAGCCAUCGGAGGUACGCAGGAAAACUGUGGCGAGUAUCGGGAAGGGCUGCAACGGAGUCUCACCUGCUGAGCUGAAAAGUCUAAGCACACAGAAUGAUGCUGAUGACUUUGGGUUCGAUGUGGUUGUUGACACCAGUGGGGUUCCCAUGGCAAUACAACAAGCCAUCCCUUGGCUGAGGCCUGGAGGAAAGUUGCUGAUUUUUGGUUGUUGCCCAGCUGACAAACAGCUCAGCUUCAACCCUCACGAUGCCUGGAUGAAGGAAAUCACCAUUCUGACCUCCAGAAUCAACCCCUUCUGCUUCCCCAAGGCCAUCUCUCUCGUCAACAACAUGGCUGCUGACUACCUCAGCUUCCAGCAGCUCUGUGUGAAAGUGUUCCCCAUGGAGGACUACCAGGAUGCAAUCGAAAUGCUGAAGAAUGGGGAGAUCACCAAGGCAUUGCUGCAGCCCUCAGGACUAUAGGGGAAUGCAACAAUGUAUACAGUUUAUCUCAUGUAUGGUGCAGUUAUUAAAUGAGGAGGCUAAUGUAUGUAGUACAUUUUGUGCAUGAGGGUUGUAAGGUGACAUUUUUUCCAAUAUUACCAAUAUCUGGGGCAAUGUUAGGAAAGAGGGCUCCUUAGUAUAAGGGGUCAUUAUUUUCCUUGUAUAAAAGAGGUGCUAUUUUAUCUAUUCCUUAAUUUACAUCUACAAUGUGUUGAACUUAGAUAUGGAUGCAAUCUUGGGUAAAAUGCUCUGAAUGAUCAUAUUUGGUGAUAGCUUCAAUUAUCUAUGGUCUUUCCAGGUUUAAAAAGAAGCAGGAAAAUCAAGGAGUGAAAAUAAAAUAUAUUGUAAAAAAUAGCUUGAUUGAUGCUUAUGGUCAUGCUGAGUUGAUCAAUUUUGAGCAGCCAGUGUGUAUCAUUUUUUUCAUAUUUAUGAUGUGUUGUCCUGGUUGUAAUAAUGUAUAAUUGGAACGCUUGAACAGGAUAUCAUCAAGUGCACUUAAAAAGUUUAAUACCACACACACACUUGCCUGUAAUUCCUUACUCUUUGUGAGGCCUUAGGCUAAGGAAGAGGUAUUAAAAUGUUGGGCCUCUAAGCACUUUUAACCACCUGUUCGUUUUUGUUUUCAAAUAUCAUUCUGUUAUAGGAUAGGAUUUGUACACAAUAUGAUUUGGGUAGGGGACACCUUUAAUAGCCACAUAUUUGUGUUACUUUUUCUUUUUCAAAGUCUAUUUUACCGUGGUAUC